UGCAAAUGUAAAUCGUUUCAUCAUGUAGGGAUGAAAAAAUUAAUUCAUUUCUCGGAAGGAGUGCGAGAAUCACUAAGACGAUUGUCAAAUGUAACAUGGAUGGCAGAGGAGUUACAUAAAGUAGCUGACUAUGUUCUACCAACCUUAUCACGUAUCUCGUGUGUUCACACACAAAUCCUUGAGGUUGCUAUCACUUGCAGUGGAGCUGUAUGUGCCCUCAUCUAUUACAAGGGAUUUCUUUACAGUGGACACUCAGAUGGUUCUAUCAAGGUCUGGAACAUCAAGGGGCAAUCAGCCACCCUUGUAUGGAACAUAAAGGAGCACAAAAAGGCGGUUACAUGCUUUUCACUAUUUGAACCAGGAGACAGCCUUAUAAGUGGAUCACCGGACAAAACCAUCAGGGUAUGGCAAGUGGUUCACAGGAAAUUGGAGUGCAUUGAAGUAAUUGCAACAAAGGAACCAAUUCAGCACCUAAAUACAUACGGCCAAACAAUAUUUGCAACUACUAAUGGCCAUGGGAUUAAGGUGUUUGAUGCAUCAAGAAAGGUCAAGGAUAAUUGCAAGAGUAAAAAGGUGAAUUGUCUGGCAGUGGUUCAGGGGAAGAUUUAUGCAGGGUGCAAGGAUUCAAGCAUACAGGAGUUUUCAAUAACGAACAACCGGGCACAAGAGAUCAAAGCAGCGACGAAAUUUUGGAAGCUGCAAAAGAAGCCCAUUAAU